ACGCUAAGAUCGAGUACUCUGUGAGAAAGUGAAAGACCCGUGCCUUCCUUUUGACUCCUCCUCCUGGUUUUCUUGUCCGCUUCUUCACAGCGAUGCCGCCGGUGACUACCAGGAGACGAAGACUGUUGUUCAUUGACAGUGUCUCGGACUGAACAGUGUGCUCGAGGUUCCCAGCUUCCUGGUUCAGAGUCGUCCUUGGAACUGCCACCCGCCUCCUCUUCUCGAGGAAGUCCGACAGAGGUUGACCUCUGUAAAGAAAACGUGAGCGUCUGUGUGUUUGUCUGUGCUAACAGAAACGCACGCUGUGGAAUCCUUGCUUAUGUCUUCAACGCUAGACCGCUCGCAAAGCGCCGUCUCUUUCUGUCCCGGACCCUAGUGGACGCUAGUUCUUCACUGUGUGUGUGCCUGUGUGCGUGCGCGCGCGUGUGUGUGUGGUGUGCGUGUACUUAAAGGAACGGGCCCGCUGCCGGACAGUGUUUACGUCUUCAACCUCGGACGUCUCUCAACGCUCCACCUCUUUGGACGCCAGUCUUUGCGUUGCCUCCAUAUGAGCGGUUCACAACGGAAUACCCAUGUAUCAUGACUGCAACUCUAAAGUGAACCGCACUGCAUUAGAGUGAGUGGAAGUGAUUUAUUCAAGCUUCUACGAGAACAUUCUAACGAGAGACGAAGUACCUGACCAAAUAUUUGAUAUUAAGUUUGUCUCAUUCAACCGUUAAUUUAUCGUGUAGUCGUCCGACCGUCGAAAGUAGAGAGAUUCCACCAAAGACAAGGAACGGCAAGAAGGCCUCCAGUCCCACAGCAGAAAAUCACCGCCCAGUUCGCGCUCUCCGUGAAAGACGAAACCCCAGGAGAUAAGCUCAAGACGCGAGGGGUGCCGGCUACUUUCGUAACGAACUCCUUCGACGUAGACGUAGCAUCGCCAGCUCUCGGAGGGCCGAGAAACUGCAGCAUCGCCGCCUGGCAACUGCACCUGCCCCGAAGUGGCUUCAUCAACUGUGGUCUUGUGACUGUGCUCGUUGGACAAUGCCAAAGAUGGAGUUAUUUAGCUCCCGAGGACUAUGUUGGAUCUUUUGUAUAUGCGUGGCCACCUGUGCGACUGGAGCGCACAGUUGCAUUGUCACGGCACCCAACGUUGUGCGGCUGGGGGCCGAGGAAACUGUCGUGGUCUUCAACCAGGGACCACCGAGGGAGGUCACGUUAACGCUACAGGAUCAUCCAGCACGAAUACACACCCUCUUCCGAGACACCAUCAGCCUCGGCACAGGUGAGUCCCGGAUAGUGCGCAUGCCGAUCGACCCUCAGAAGCUGAGCGCCGACGAGAUUCGUUCUGGCCAGCGACGCUACGUGUCUCUGGUGGUCGAGUGCUACGCUCUAUACAAGAAGGAGGCCCGGCUACUCAUCAGCGACAAGAGCGGAUACCUGCUGCUGCAGAGCGAUAAGCCCAUCUACACGCCCAAGCAGACCGUUCAUUUUCGAAUGGUAGCCGUCGGGGAAGACCUUGUGCCCUCCAUCGGUGAACUGAAGCUUGAGAUCAAGAACCCUCAGGACAUCGUCACGUACCAGACGGUGCUUAGCGCGAAGGACAACGCCUCGGCGACGGGGAUGUUCAGCCAUUCGUACACUUUCCCGGAAUCGCCGAUCCUCGGCCAGUGGAAGGCCGUCGUCACUUACGGAUCAUACUUCACCCAACAAACCGAGAUCACUUUCGAGGUUCAAGAAUAUGUGUUGCCCACCUUCUCGGUCAAGCUUACCACUCCAAGCGUCAUCCUAACGGAGCAAGAAUACGUGGAAGGCAAGGUUGAGGCCAAAUACGUCUACGGAAAGCCGGUUGAAGGUUCGGCAAAUUUUCGCUUCAAGAUAAGGAAUGAAGGUGGCACAGACCGGGAAAUUGGCUCGACAGACUUCAAAGAGCUCGUUCACGGAGAAGCAAUGUUCCGUAUAGCGACCACCCAGUUCAGGAUGCCUCAGCGCAAACGGUGGACUCCUCUGGUGCACGGCAACCGGCUCGUCGUGGAGGCCGAAGUGCUCGACAAGGCAACCAGCAAGCGCGUCACGGCCGCCGACGACUCCGCCGUGUUUGCGACGUCACCGUACCUGGUCGGCUUCCGGCACACGCCCAAGGACUUCAAGCCUGGCACCAUGACGGUCAUCGUGGCUGACGUGACUACCCUGACUGGCAAGCCGGCUGUUGGCAUCCCUUGCGCCAUCACUGUCCUGGACGACCAGGAACUGGAUGUCCCCGUUGAGCCUACGAUAUCUGUCACAGACGCCUUGGGAAGGGCGGCCUUUCUGGUGCAGACUGGACGGAACCACGCUACCAUAAAGGCCAAGGUCCAAACACGAGACCUGCAGUACAAGCCUCACCAGCAGUCUGAAGGAAACAUUGCCGUUCAGGCGUUCAAUUCACCCGUGCACGCCUUCGUGGCACUGAAUCGGAUGGAUACACGAAAAUCGUUCAAGGUUAGCGAAUACUUCGACGGUCCCGUAAUAACUCAGCCGGUCGACAUCUCACCGGUCUUUUAUCUUGUGACGCACCGUGGCCAGACCAAGCAGCACGGCGUUCUGGAAGUCGGCGGCUCGUUGCUCAAUCGAUCCGUGCACUUCGCCGUGACUCGAGACAUGAGCCCCAGGGUUCGGGUGCUCGUGUACGCCUUCCACCGGGGCCACCUGCUCGCCGACUCGCUCACCAUACAAGUCGAGGAAGUUUGCACGGAGUCAUCCACCAUAACCAUCGAGCCCAACUUCGCGAACGACGAGCCGGGCAACAACGGUUCUCUGAAGAUCCUAGGAAAAAGCGGGACACGGGUCGGCAUUCUUGGAGUGGACAAGGCCGUGUACAUACUCAACAACAAAGGCCUGCUGACGCGCGAGAAGCUGUUCACGACUAUGAAGUCCCACGAGCUUGGAUGCGGGCCCGGAGGAGGCCUAUCUUCCGAGGAAGUCAUGUCCAACUUCGGUGCUGUCAUUAUAUCCGAGGAAGGAACCGAAAACGUCGUCAGAACAGAAGGCAGCUGCGAGGCUAGGGUUCGUCACCGAAGGAGGGUGCAUCACAGAGCACAGCGCAAAUUCAGCCACGACCCCUUCCUGAAGGAGUGUUGCGCGCUGGGCCAGAAGCGCGACAGGGUGGGUCGUCUGUGCAGUAGGCGGGCUCACAUCGUACGGCGCUACAUCGAGGGCACGAGGGGCGAGAAGUGCGCCGAGGCCUUCGAAGAGUGCUGCCUGAGUGCCACCAGCAGGCCCGCCGGCGCCGCAAGUAGCGAGCUCGGGCCGCCGGUCAGCAUCCCUGAGGAGCCCGACAGGAUUCGGUCGGGCGAAGAAUUUGCCAUAGACGAGAUCGACGAAGUGGACGGCGAUGUUUCUCCCGACACUGUGAUACGCCGGGACUUCAGAGAGACGUGGCUCUUCGACGAGCAGGUCAUUGGGCCGGACGGCGUGGCUGAUUUCGCGGUCAGCCUGCCACACAGCAUCACCACAUGGUCGGUCCAAGCCGUCAGCGUUUCUCCAGCGGGAGGCGUCUGCGUGCCCCAGCCGCAAGAAGUCCGGGUCUUCCAGCCGAUUUUCCUGCAGGUUGCGCUACCGUACAAAGUGGUUCGCAAUGAACAGAUCGAGGUGCUUGUCACGGUGUACAAUUAUGGAGCCGAGUCACUAAGGGGCAACGUCUACAUCUACGGCGUGGAAGGCCUAUGCACUGGGGCACUGCCGGGAGAACGCUCGGAGCGCCGUCCCGUGGUGGUCGAAGCCAACUCAGCCUCCAGCGUCACCUUUCCCGUCGUGCCUCUCAAGGAAGGCUUGUUCGUCAUCAAGAUCCACGUCAGGAGCUCGAGGGGAGAGGAUGUCGUCGAGAAGGAGCUCAAUGUUGUGCCUGAAGGGGUGACCGUUGAGAAAAGCGUCUCCGUGCCCAUUGACCCUGCGAACGUUCGCAGACGGAGAACCCGGAGCGUCAGGGGCGAGCUGUUCCAGGAUUCCUUGGAUCCUGGUGCGAACCUCCAAGUCAUCUCCGUGAACACGCGGUUGCCACCGGACGCAAUCCCGGAUACGAAGACCUGUUCGCUCUCGGUCAUAGGGAAUCAGAUCGGACCCUCCGUUCAGACGACGCUUCAGAACAUCGAGGAUCUCGUGACGAUGCCCACCGGAUGUGGAGAACAAAACAUGAUGCUCAUGGCUCCGACGCUCUACGCCAUGGAGUAUCUGAAACAGAACAACAUGGUCGACGAAGCGCUGGAGGAGAAGGGCUAUCGAUACAUUCGCGAAGGGUACCAGCGUGAGCUUUCUUUCCGAAAGAUGGACGGGUCGUUCUCUGCUUUCAAGCACAGGAAGAGUAGCGUAUGGUUGACGGCCUUCGUCCUGCGAAUCUUUUGCAAGGCGAGGCGGUACGCCAGCAUCGACCCAACCGUCAUCGAGAGUGGGAUGCUUUGGCUUUCAGCGCAACAGACAUUAGACGGCAGCUUCGUCGAAAGGAAGCCUAUCAUGCACAAAAUCAUGCUGGGAGGUGUCCGUGGCGCCGUGCCCAUGACGGCCUUCGUGCUGCUCACAUUCAACGAGUGUAUGCGCCCUCCCAGCGGCGUAGCGUACGACAAGUACGACAUUUACUCGGCCAAAAACAAAAGGACCUACUUCCAGAUACUGGGGCGCACCGCUGAGCUGGCCCUCAACUACCUGCGGGAGCGCGCUUUCGAGAACGACGAGCCUUACGUGGCGGCACUCGUGGCGUACGCGCUCAGCCAGUCCAACAGCAGCGAGAAGUACGCUGCCCUGUCGGCGCUCAAGGACAGGCUCAUCUACGAUCCCAUGUUGAGCACGAGAAGCACGGGCACCGAGCCGAGUGCGCUUGUCGUGGAAGGCACCGCGUACGCUCUGUUGACGCUGCUGGCGCACAACGAGGUUGAGACGGCCAAGACGAUCGUCAACUGGCUGAACACGCACCGCUCGGCCUCCGGGUCGUUCGCAUCGACUCAAGACACCGUAGUUGCACUGCAGGCUUUGACGGAAUUCGCGCUGAAAUCCCGUGAGCCGAAUGUUGACCUCACCUGCAAUGUCACGCUUAGCAGUCAGCGAAACUUCCAGAGGAGCCUCAGGCUCAAGCGAGACAAUGCCGCCAUACUGCAACAGCUGGACAUUCGUGACGUCACGGGAAAAAUGUUCGUGAAAGCCAGCGGCACCGGCAGUGGACUGCUGUCCGUCAAGCUGAAGUACAACGUGCUUGUGCCACCUGAGCUUCUGUGCAAGUUUAAUAUAACGGUGCGUGCGGACAUCCGAAGUACGAGGGAAAGCAGCGCCAAGUCGUUUGAUUUGCCACCUGGUCUCCUCGAAGAUCUGCUCGGAGAGUCUAGGAGGCGUCGCUCGAUAUCGUCUUGGUUCCAAAGUUGGAGGAGGAAACCGUCUACGCCGUCUACGUUCCGCCCCGAGCCGCUUCCAGUCAGAUUUUUACAUGAUUCUAGAAGCAGAGACUAUUCACCGGCGAGCCCCUUCUUUCCAGAACAGAGCGGAGGGUUCCAUGGUGGAAACAGCGAUACCGCUGCGGCUUCCGUGCAAGCAUCCCCGCAAAGCAAGCUUACGUACGACAUCGAAGUUUGCUCACGCUAUAUCGGCGGAGAGGAUUCCAACAUGGCGGUUAUAGAAGUGGGACUUUUCAGCGGGUUCGAACCAAUUAAAAACGAUUUGGAGAAGGCGAGGACUGACAACGAACUUUUGGCUAAGUACGAGAUGACGGAGAAAAAUGUCAUACUCUAUUUCGAUAAGAUACCGUGGGAAUCACCAACGUGCGUAAAAUUCAGAAUAGAACGACAGCAUGUCGUUUACAACGUCCAGUCUGCAGUUGUCAAAGUCUACGACUACUACAACCCGAUGCAUUCUUGCACGCAAUUCUACGGUCCCGGUUCAACAAGCCCUCUGCUCAAGCUCGUCUGUGAAGGAAACCAGUGCCAGUGCGCUGCAGCUCAAUGCCCGAGAAAGGAGCCGUUCUUGGACGUCGAAAGGGCCGGGACGACAUUGAAGAAACGCGACAAGUUACGGGAACUCGUCUGCCAACAACACGAUUUCGUGUGGAUCGGCGUAGUGUUCUCCAAUAAUGUCGUCAACGGCUACAGGCACAUCACCUUCAGGGUGGACACGGUUAUCAAGGAAGGUUUGGAGUCCAGCACGUCCGCCAUGACGGGCACCAAGCUGUUCGUGGCGAGGGAACUGUGCUCCACGGCUGACCUCAUCAAGGGAGCACGAUACUUCGUGUUCGGUCGAGACAGCGAGCCCUUCGAGAAGGACGGCGAAACAAUCAUGAAGUACAACUUGGACAAGGAUGUACGUGUAUUCAACACCGACGAGCGUUCGACUUCAGUGAGGGGCAGGAAACUUUACUCCGUGCUCCAGUGGCUGACGUCAGGAUUUGAAAGACAAGGCGGCUGUCGCGCAUAGCCACACUGUGUUCGGGAACCGAAGCGUUCGAUGUCGCUUACCUAGGGCGAUAAUCGGAGAACGAGUGUUGCAUAAAUAAGAACGCCAAGUAUAUUUAGCUUUUCCACCUAAACCACAGACAUGUUCGCACGGAACCUUUGUGACGUGUAAUUUUGCAGUUUCAUUAGUUUAUUAUCACGCCUGCACACGUCGCUUAUCCGUAUCACGCACAAGAAUUGCGAUUUGACGUUUUACUGCGGCGACACGACUCAGAAAAUGUCGGGAAGGAACGGAUAGCUCAACUACUGACGUGUCAAAACAUGUCAAAACAUGUCAACUUUUCUGCAAAGCAUUGGUGGCAGCAUCUGUCAGGAUCUUAGUGAAUAUUCAGUUCGUUGCGGCAGGUGGUUCUACUGUUUUAUUGAAGCUGUUCUAAAUGUAUUGGGUGUCUUCGUCGCAAACGAACGCCCAUUCCCAGCUUAUUGCAGAUGAAACAGUGAGUUAGUGUGGCCAAUUGUUUUAAGCUUAACAGGCUGCAGCACUCUGCCUGUAUGCGGACAUUCAGCACGAUGCGUGUCGAUAAGCUAAUCUACCUCUUUCCUUUCCAACCCAACUUUUCCCCUAGCCCUUUUAUGUCGGAUCUCUAAGGCUAGAAAAAUUAACAAAUACAGCUAAACAAAACUGACAAGCCUGUGGUUUAGGUGGAAUUGCUUACGUGGCACUGCUACCUGUGCGAAACUCAGUACUAUAUUUAAUGCAAGAAGCCACUGGAACAAUCGCAGCAAUCAACUUCGUCCUCAACCAGCUCUGCCGUGGUAUGUGUACACUCAAUCUCAAUUCGGCGGCAGAGCGAAAAAUGCGAAGUCAUUUCAAGCUCCCCCUACUUAAUGUACGAUACUUAAGCAGGAUGAAAAUGGCAUAGGAGGCGGUGUGGAUGUGACGAGCUGUGUGAAGAAGUGAAUGCUGUAGCGUCUCUCGAAACUUUCCAGAGCUGUGCUUUUUUUUUUUAGUUACUGCUCCAACUAGAUGAACGACCGGACCUGUUCAGAAUCAUCGCACAUUGUAACCGAAUAUUCCCAUUGUAAGUAAAAAAUAAUGGGAGAUUCGCAGGAAGCAUAGAAUAAGAAAUGGUUGGAAGUAUAUAUACAAAGAUACCUUUUUUUUAUUUUACGCCAUAUUUUCUUGUAUGUCCAACGUGGAAAAAGACGCACAGGAUCCAUGAAAAGCGUUUGGCAGAUUUCGCUUAUCUCAGCAAUGCCCUAAUGUGUAAUACAACAUGGAAAUAAGGUGCCCUUCAUGACUGGAACAGUACAUGUAGUGUGCAAUGUUUCGAGUGAAUAUCGAUGGUGCACAUAUUUGGCAUUUUAGAUUAAUUAUAUUACACAUACCAGCUUUUCAUCUUUACAAACAAGGUGAUACUCUGCACCUGCAGAUGUUAAAACAAGUAACAUGCUGUAGGUCAGGUCGUUUUUAUACAAUACUAAAAGUAGGGACAGUAUCCACAUUGUUUUUGUAACUGCUGCAACAGCGGCUUCCACAGAGAGCUGCUUGAGUAGACCUUGCAUGUGUGCUGCGCAUUUGCGAUCAAAUUUCUUGGUUUAAUCUCUUCCCGCCAACGCGAGGCUACGAACACACUCUAAUAUAAAAAAUAAUGUUGCCUGAGCAAAUACUCUUGACGCCAUUGCUUCUUACAUUCAUAAGCACACAUUUCGCAGUGCCAAAGUACGCGUUUCUAAAAUGGCAAAUGAUUUGUUUUAAAUUGCUUCGUUUCGAGUUAAGCAAAGAGAUAAGUUUGCUUGUACAAUAGUGUUCAGCAGAGCUAUCCACUCAGCAAAACUGAAUGACAAAUGCCAAUGUUGUGCAUGCAAUGUUGCCUUGGCUGCUCAAGGUGCCACGUUCUUUUGCUUUCUCAUUUGAGCACUAAAAAGACGCAGUAGUAUUUUGAAAAUGGACCAAAGUGAAUUAAACUGAGAGUUACGGUAGAUCAAUUAAAAGUCGUUUGCCCUCUUUUUUGAAUGCGUAAAAAAUGGGGUUGAAUUAAGUUGUACAUUUUGUACGGAACAUUAAAAAAACUGCGUCCGUCUAGCUAGAGUGGAGUUCAGUGUGGUUAGUUACAUCCCUAGGUAAUAGUUUAAACUUUCUAUCACCAGUGAAAGCAUGCAAGCCCUCGAGUCCAUAAAAAUUUGCGGAUGUACCUAAUCAUCAAAUGACCAUGACGACCUAGCCAAUGUAGUGCUGUGCUUUCGGGUCAACAGACUGGUCACAUAGUCAGCGAAGUGCAGCUACAUCACCAAACCAAACAUGUACGCCUGUGCUUUGCCAGAGAAUAUAUAUUGCCCCUUUUUUAUGGUGUCUGUACAAACAAGAAUGUAAUAAAUGCGACAUUGUAAGUUAUGA